AUGCCGCUGUUUAACACCAACAUCUCCGCCUUCAACGUGACGGCGACUGCGCUCCUGCGUAACCCGUCACUGCUCAUUCCACACCUCACCAUCCCGACCUUCCUGCAGCUACCAGACGAUCUAUCUUAUCAUCUUAUUGAUUCAGCUGCCCCAAAAGCUGCCGGUGCUCGGCCACCUACCAUUCGCGCCCUCGUCAUUGACAAAGAUAAUACCCUAACGCCACCUCACAAUACAGGCUUCCCCCAUGAAUACUAUGAGAAGUUACGUGCUUUACGUACCAGCGAGUCAUCACCUUUUAACAUGAUGACCAAUCCGGAUGGGAUACUCAUUGUUUCGAACACCGCGGGCUCGGAUCCGCGCUCCAAACACUUCGAGGAAGAUGCUGAUAAGAUUGAAGAAUCUCUGCGUAAAUUGAGGAUUAGAGUGUAUAGGUCCCCUGAGAGAAGGGCCGGGGCGCCAUUGGUGAAGAAACCGUUGUCGUAUAGCGCAGUGCUGAAGUUUCUGCUGGAUCGUGGGGUCGUGGAGAGGGCAGAGGAGGUAGCCAUUGUUGGUGACCGGGUGGGAACAGAUGUGCUUAUGGCCUCUCUGAUGGGGGCAUGGAGCGUCUGGACGAGAGACGGAGUGACUCAGGAUUUGGGCGGAAGGACUGGGAAGAACUAUCGUGGGAUGCUGGCAAACUCUACAGCGGAUGGGGGUGAAAGCUACUCUGCCAAAGCCAUGGCAGGACCUUUAGGCGUUUCCUCUACUAACCCGUAA